AUGCCAGGCCUUGUUCCGGCUCCUCCUUCACACUACGAGGAUCCCACACUGCUCCUCUGCCUGGCACUCACGCUGACCCCCUGGCUACACCCGCCCCCACCCCUCCACCCCCCUGGCUACACCCGCCCCCACCCCUCGACCCCCCUGGCUACACCCGCGCCCACCCCUCCACCCAUUGCUCUGGAAGAUAAACGCACCUCUGCUUCAAACUUUACCAUUCCUUUGGGAAGCUGCUUGGACCUCAAUGAAGCCUUCCAGAUUACAGAGAAGGAGUGA